AACCUUUCAUUAUUUACGUGAACUUUUUCGCUUUACGUAUAUUUUUUCCUGAAAAAAAAAAUGGUGUAUCUCGUUAGGCGUUAGUGAAUCGUGUUUUGAUUAUUAUUAUUUUUUUUUUGUUUUCGUUUGCUUGUUCUCUAAGUAUCAUAAUCGUACUUUAUCCGCCGACAGUCUUACCGGCGUUCGGUGAAUCGCCUACGUUUCAAUUUGGUUUUUCCGAAACGGAUAAAACGAUACGCCCGUCCAUUGUUUGUGCAACCGCUCCGAGACGAGUCGUCUGUUUCGUCAACAAACGCUAAACAGUCUUUUAAAAUGAGUGAUGAGAGCAAUCCUCGUACGCUAUAUGUUGGUAAUUUAGACCCAUCAGUCACCGAAGAGUUGCUAUGUGCAUUGUUCACUAAUAUUGGUCCAGUUAAUGCAUGCAAGGUAAUACGUGAGCCAGGCAGUGAUCCUUAUGCGUUUCUUGAAUUCGACACUCAUUCGGGCGCGGCUACAGCACUAGCCGCAAUGAAUGGUCGACUCUUCUUAGACAAAGAGAUGAAAGUCAAUUGGGCCACAACACCUGGCAAUCAGCCUAAGCUUGACACAAGCAACCAUUAUCAUAUAUUUGUUGGUGAUCUAAGCCCUGAAAUUGAAACACACACUCUAAAAGAGGCAUUUGCGCCAUUCGGGGAGAUUUCCAACUGCCGUAUUGUACGAGACCCUCAGACUUUGAAAUCUAAAGGAUACGCUUUUGUAUCAUUUGUUAAAAAAUCUGAUGCUGAAAAUGCUAUAAAUUCAAUGAAUGGUCAAUGGCUGGGUAGUCGGAGCAUCAGGACAAAUUGGUCAACAAGAAAACCACCUCCACCUAGGGCCCCAAACAAGUACAGUGGUUAUCGAGCAGUGACAUUUGAUGAUGUCUAUAAUCAGUCCAGUCCAACAAACUGUACAGUAUACUGUGGAGGCAUUGUUGAAGGCUUAACUGAAGAGCUAGUUGAACAGGUGUUUUCACGCUUUGGUACAAUUGUUGAAAUUCGAGCUUUCCGAGAUAAAGGAUAUGCGUUUAUUAAAUUUUCAACAAAAGAAGCAGCUACAACCGCCAUUGAGGCUGUACAUAAUACAGAAAUAAACGGUCACCCUGUUAAAUGUUUCUGGGGUAAAGAGUCAGGUGACCCAAACAGUGCAGCUAAUCUAGCUGCGCAGGCUGCAGCUAGUACAGAUACUACUGGUCAAUACUCAUAUAAUAUGGCAUAUAAUCAAGGAAUGAAUUACUGGUACCCAUAUGCUCAAAUGCAAGGCCAAUAUGUGCAGGGUAUGCAAGCCAGCUAUGGUGGUGCUGCUGCAUACAGUCAAUAUACUGGAUAUCCCUAUCAGAUGGCAAAUGCCACUGCUUAUCAAAUGGGUAAUGGAACAGGACAAGCUGCUAAUGGACAACAGAUGUCAACACCAGCCAAUAUGCAAGCUGGAGUUUACUCAAUGCAGUAUCAAAGUCAGUGACAACCGAUAAAAUAGAUUUCUUUAAGUGUUGAAAUCUUAUAAGUUUUCUCAUUUGUGCUCUGUAUAUAAAUCUAAAAAAAUACUAAAAUAUUAGAAAACAGAUGUAUGAAAAUAAAAAUUAUAAAUUUAAUUUAA